AUGAAAAUAACGCUCACCGGCUUCAGAGCGAGAACAACAGACGUAAAUGUGAUACAGAAGGUCAAUUAUCGCCAAGAGGUCAUCAAUGCCUGUUUAAUACUGAUCCUAUCAGGUGCCGCGGUCUGCUCACUUUUAGUCUUUUUAAGGGCCAUAGGAAUCCUUCGACCUAUCGCUAUCAGGCAGGCCGCUGAAGUGUCGACAGAUGCUUGCUUAAUAUUGGUCACAUUCGGUAUUGCAGCGUGCUCACUUUUAAUCUUUUCGAGACCAAUAAAAUUCACUAGACAUAUUACAAUCAGGCGGAUCGUUGGAGGGUGGACAAAUUGGUUAAGUGGGCUAUCAUGGGUUCGCGUUACUGUUGCAAGUGUUAUUAUUAUUUUAGUUGCCAUCCUCACAGCUGGUCAUGCUAUCUAUAUUAAUGCGUGUGGAAGCACUCUAACAAACGCAGUUCAUCUCACCCGGGAUGCACCGUCUCAAAACGACUUAGCCAGUUGUAUGAAAGCCGGUGCUGCUUUGCCAAUCGCAACUUUCGCUGGGACCUGUGUAGCAGUGUAUAUAUGGGGUAGCGACUGGUUGGAUCAAUGA